AUGUCGGUCGGUGGCAUCGGUGUUUAUGAUCAGCAGCCACAAGUAUCGCAAGACACGUUCGUAGUGGUUGGUGAACCGGAUGUGAUGAGAAGUCAAGAAAUUACUACGAAUGAUGUGGCGAAUGAUGUUACAUAUGAAACCGGAAAAGAUUGCCAUCGGGAACCUGAUAAUGACAAUGUUGCACCUGAAGCAACAACGGUAUUAGAAAUUGGCAAACGUCGACCAGUAUAUUUGACGGAUGCUGGAGCAGAACAAUAUGGCCAAGAAAGUGGUUGUAGUGUCACAAAGAUUCCUCGAAAUGAUAAUUGUUUAGAAAGUCCUGAGCGUUUAUUGCCACAGGGUGAUAGCGUAUAUCAUGAUACAGGAUUGGUUGGUACUGAUGAUGAUGGUGAACAUCAGACGUUACAUGAUAUUUCACGUUGUGCACCACGUGAAAUUACUUAUGAAACAUCACAAUGUGAUGUGCAAUCACAACACUGUAACAUACAACAGCAACGUUGCAAUAUACACUCACCACAUUGUGAUGUGCAAGCUAAUCGUCAAGCGCAUCCUAGGGAAAAGAAUAAUGUAAAAAAUGAAAUUGACUCUGACGAAAAUACAUCUCACUUAUUGAUCAGUUUAAGUAAUGCAUUAAAUCCUGCUGAAGCGGAAUAUAUUGAUCGUUACCGUCCAAAAGGGCGUCCAAGAGGUCCCAAGCAUCCUGUUUGGAAUUUUUUCAAAUUUUACAAAUCUGGUGGACUUACUUUGGGUUAUAUGUGCCUGAUGUGCGGCAAUGGAUUUACUGGCCCACCAAAUACCACAAAUGCUACAAAACAUCUCCGUUGUAAACAUAAACAUGAAUAUUUACUGUAUUUUGAUUUACUGGAAGGUGCAAAGCAAGGGACAUUCUUCGGUGAUGUGCAUCAGUCAAUUAGAGAGCUUGUUUCAAAAAGAGGUGUCAAAGCGGAAGCAUGCACUUCGGAAGGUAAUACUGCUGAAGGUUCCAUUCUGAACUAUGAAGUCAUGAAUGAUGGCACACAUCGGAAUCAUGAUUGGACGGAUGAUACUACCGGUAACUCACAAGAUGCUGAACUUCACUCUUUUCUCUGUUCUGCACUAAUAUCAAAUGCUUCUAAAAAUUCGCUUGUUCGAUAUGAUGUAGGCAAUGGUGGUGAGAAUUCUGAAGUUUCAUCAUCUGGCGAAGUUAUGUUCACUGGUUCAUCUACUGGAGAUACCGAAGCUGGUUCAUCAGCUGUAAGUAGUGAUUCUAUGGGACAUUUUGCUGGUCAAGUUGAGUCAUUCCUUCGUGAUUAUCGUCGUUUGGAAGCUGAAUGUCGAAGAUUACGUGCUGAAGUAGCUGCCAAAGAUGAACAUAUCAAAACGCUUCGUUUAAAUUUGAUGGAAGAAAGGAAUAAGCGAAAAAGUGCACUGAUACUUGUACAGCGUGCAUUAAUCGAUGAAUGA